UCCCAGCUCUGCGCGAGACACAACGAGAGAAGCAGGUGGAGCGCGAGCGGGCGGACUUGAAGUGAAGCAACAGACUGGAUGACUUUUACAUUUGCCCCGAUUUGUUAUCUCACUGUCGGACAAAAGGACGGGAACGGUGGGCAUUAGGAAAGCAACACACGGCAGCUGGAAGUUGACGAGCUCGGAUUCUCCGCUGUCUGUGUAAGAAGUGACGGAAAAGACAACUGUCUCUACAAGAGGUAGCAGCCUCUCAGCAUGCAGCACUACGGGGUGAACGGCUACUCUCUGCACGCCAUGAACUCCCUCAGCGCCAUGUACAACCUGCACCAGCAGGCCGCGCAACAGGCGCAGCACGCGCCCGACUACCGGCCCUCCGUGCACGCGCUCACACUGGCAGAGAGACUGGCUGACAUCAUCCUGGAGGCUCGCUACGGCUCUCAGCACCGCAAACAGCGCCGGAGCCGCACGGCCUUCACCGCGCAGCAGCUGGAAGCACUGGAGAAGACUUUCCAAAAGACCCACUACCCGGAUGUGGUGAUGAGGGAGCGGCUGGCCAUGUGCACCAACCUGCCCGAGGCCCGUGUGCAGGUUUGGUUCAAAAACCGCAGAGCCAAGUUCCGUAAGAAGCAGCGCAGCCUCCAGAAGGAGCAGCUCCAGAAGCAGAAGGAGGCGUCAGGGGAAGGAGGGAGCGAGAAGGAGGACGCACCUCCUUCCACAACUAUCCUUCCUGACAGCCAGCUCCCUCCUCCAUCCUCCUCCUCCUCCUCCGCCUCGUCUCUGGAGACAGAGGGUCCUGUAGUCCAUGCUGUACCGCUGGACAUGGAGCUCAACGUCACGUCAGCAGAACACUCUGGCAGCGAGUCGGCGACCGAGGACAACGCCACAGAUAAGGAGGACGAGAGUAAAUCCCAGAGAGAGGAGAUGAAGUGUGAGAGAGCAGUGACUCCCGGCGACGUUUCUCCAGGUUGCAAAAGACUCAGCCCUAAACCAGACUCUCCCCUGGUUUCUCCGUCCGUGACCCCCCCCUCCUCCUCCAGCGGCGGCCUGGCCAGCAGCGCCCCCCUCUCUCAGAGCCACUCUUACUCCUCCUCCCCUCUCAGCCUGUUCCGUCUGCAGGAGCAGUUCCGCCAGCACAUGGCUGCCACCAACAACCUGGUGCACUACCCAGCCUUUGACCUCUCUGCCCCAUCUUCCCUUCCCUACCUGGGGAUGAAUGUUAACAUGCCCCCCGCGCCGCUGGGCUCUCUGCCCUGCCAGUCUUACUACCAGUCCCUGUCCCAUCACGCCCAGCAGGUGUGGAACAGCCCGCUGCUGCAGGCGUCGGCUGCAGGCGGCCUCGCCAGCCACAACAGCAAGACCACCAGCAUCGAGAACCUGCGUCUGAGGGCCAAGCAGCAUGCUGCCUCGCUGGGACUGGACACAAUGUCUAACUGAGAAUCAGAUCGCAUGGAGGACAAUGUAAACUAGGCCUACACAUCAGCCCAUCCCACUGCGUGUCUGUGUGACUGUGAUAGUUAUACUAAAGCCCUUCUCAAGUAGAUGGGCAGAGGACAUGCAGAGAUGUCCAAAAAUAAAACAUGCCAUCAUGCACUGGACCUACAGAACUCCAUUUAACAGCUUUUCAAGGCAGACCACAACUCCCAACAGCUGGUCUGAUUUCUCCUAGCUUCCGUUGCAGCUCAAGGUCCAAACAUAUAACCUCUGGAAAAGAGAACCGAAAUUUUUUUUGAACGUUGCUAGAAUAAUGCGACGGAUCAAAUGAAUGUCCCGACUCAGAGGACAGAGAACGUAUUCCUGACUCAUUUGAUGAUGAUGUUUCCACCACACGUAAUGCUGGACCUUCUUAACAUCUGAAAUAAUUCCAAAAAAAUAACAAUGUACACAGCUGACGAUGGAUGCACUCGGUUUAAAAGACAAUGCAAAUAAUGUUUACAAGAAUAAUGUGAAUAAUGAGGCACUUUUGAAGGAAUUAGGCCCGUUGGCCAGGAGGGAAAAAAGGGAUCGCUCGCGCAGCAAAGAGAGCAUUUCUGUCACAGGACCAUUGACAUUUCAAUUAAGCAACAUGGUUAUGUACAUAGCAUGUGCUACAUAACAGCGCAUUAAUAAAAAUAAACUCCAAACCAUGUUGUCCUCAACAGCAUAAUUAAAAGUGACUAAUUUACCAGUUUAGUGGCCAGUAAUAUGCCACUUUGUACAGAGGCUGGCUUGAUAAUGAGGAAAUGAUUUCAGUGACUAAAUUCUCAAAGCUUUUAAUUACAUUUUGCCCUGGGCUGAGGGAGCUGGGGCAAAUGCAAUUAUGAACAUGCAUACCAUUUAAGACCGUCUUUAUAAAAUUCAAAAAGGUCCGUGUACUAAAACGGUCAAUUAAGGUAGCAACAUGAUUGGAAUCACUCUACCAUCGAUCAAUUCCCUUUGAAUACAAAAUGAUAUGGUAAACACAUUUGGACAGUUUGGAAAAAAAAACAUCUUGACCCAUAUUUUGUCAGCAGUUAUUCUCGCCUUAAUAUUCUCUUGAGGAAACAUGCAGCUUUUCAUCGAAAGUCAGACCGACUGUUAGCACUUGAGGAGAAUCACACACGUCUCUGAUGUUUUCUGUUAAUGUGUUCUGGAAGCUAAUGAAAAAAAUGCACAUUAUUUUAAUAUUUAAAAUACAAAAAAAGUCUAUCUAUUAAUGUUUACUGGUAAGGUAAUUGUAAAGUCCCUAUUAUGUUGUGUAAUUGAUAAUGGACUCUGUCAGACCUUUAGCUGUCAGAUUGUAAGAUUGUAUUUGCUGAGCUCACCGGCAGCCCCGUCUACUCCUCCUCUCUUGGUUGUCUGUGUAACGCUGCUGGGUUGAAUUCCUAUUUUAAAUAUGUUCAGUUUCUUCGCGGGAUUCGGCUAGAAAGAAGCAAUUUUACAAAUAUGGAUUGCUGGGAAACCGUCACCUUCUGUAUAUUGCAAUCCAGACAGGAACACCUGAAGUCAAAGAAAGUGAACAGAUUUCAGUGAACUGAUCUGAGUCCUCUGUGUACUGCUGUCUUGACUCUAUUUAAGUUCUGUUGUUGCUAUUAUUCUAAUGCUGUCCCCCCCCCCACACACUGUCUCUGUCAAACUACUUAGUCCAGUGGUAGAUAGAUGUAUUAUGGUGGAGGAGAGAGUGAGCGGACCAUCAGCAGUGUUGUUUCCUUUACUCCUCCCUAACAAUGUAGACUUGAACUAGUGUUGUUGUAAAAUAAAUCGCAAAUAAAAAUAUUGCUUGG